UUUUUUUUUUUUCAGUCCAUAAAAUUUUGUUUAUUUUAUAUUUUAAACCGUAACCCGAAUUGAGAACUGAGCUUGAAACGGAUGUUUAGUAUGAUUUUCAAAAGUUGCACACAAGGCAUGAACACUUGCACAACUCGUCAGAGGAUUUUGAUUUUCAUAGUCGAUGUGACAUGUAGGUCGAAAGAUAUGUUUUCAUAACAUUUUUGUUAAUACCUAACGAAUGAACAUGUAACGUCGACUAUUCUCGACGGCCCAAACGUAAGAGUCGUCUUUGUAUACUCUUUAUACAAAAGCGUCGGAGUAAGAGACUUUGCAGUUGUGUAGUGGCAGGCGGCCAAACCUGAGCUCUCUCUUCGUCUGACUCCAGUAAACAUCAAAAGCAUCAAAGAUUCAAAAUCCCAGAAACAAGCUCUCUCUCUCUCUCAAGCCACUCUCGAGUCGUUCUUUAGAAAAUAAGGAAAGAAAGAAAAAUGAGCAUAGAGUGCUACGUGGUGGUGCACAACAUCGCGAAGCGGCACAACGUGGGCACACUAGCCCGGAGUGCCACGGCCUUCGGUGUCUCCGAACUUAUCCUAGUGGGCCGCAGGGACUUCAACGCCUUCGGAAGCCACGGUUCCACCUCCCACCUCCGCUUCCGCCACUUCCAUUCCCUCCCUGACGCCCGCCAAUUCCUCAAGGAAAAAGAUUGUGAUAUUUGUGGGGUGGAGAUCACAGACACUGCUAUGGCUGUCAAUCAGCAUCCUUUCAACAAGAGCACUGCUUUCCUACUCGGAAACGAGGGAACAGGGCUUUCUGCCAAAGAAUGUGAAAUAUGUGACUUUUUUGUUUAUAUCCCACAAUACGGGUUUGGUACUGCUUCGUUGAAUGUUACAGUAGCGGCUUCUAUUGUAUUGCAUCAUUUUGGAGUUUGGGCUGGCUUCCCCGAGAGAACCCGUGAUGGGAACAAGUAUGUUGUGGCUGAGAGACCCGUUAAACAGGGGAGGCGAAACUACUGUGCAGAAACAGCUGAUACCAUAAUUGAAGAGCGUAAAUCUAGAAGGGAAAAUGCUUCCAAUGGUUUCUUUGAUGAGAGCGGAAAUAGCAAUUCAGCUUCUAACCUUCUGGAUGCAUUGUUCGGUGAUGAUUGAUUCAAGGGGGUUAAGUAUUUGAUAAGAUUGGCAUAGCAUCAUAAAAGCAUCGAGAACAGUUUGGGUUGUUGUGGGUCUACAUUGCCUCUCAACUAUUUCUUCUAAACAGAAAGAAACAGCUCAUGCGUAAGCACUAAGCAGUGACUCGAGAAAAGUCUAUUGCUAGAGAAUUAUUUUAACUAAUUGAGAGUGAGAGAAGCUUUUUGAUGGGUGGAUGGAUGGGUGGAUGAUGUGUUGUUGCAAAUUGAAUAGGGGACUUUGAUCCAUUUUGGUUGGGAUUAGCUCUCCAUGUAAGAGUAUUGGUAAUGGUAUGAGAAAUUUGUUGACGAUUCAAUUCUCUUC